CUGGGAAGUGGUGCUGCGGCCGUGCGGGGCGGGCGGCGAGCGGAGCCGGCCAGAGUGGGCCGGGCAGCGGCCGCCGCCGUCCACGGGCGUGCGGGCGGCGCGGGCAGGAGGAUGGAGCUGAAUUCCCUGCUGAUCCUGCUGGAGGCGGCCGAGUACCUGGAGCGCAGGGACCGAGAGGCCGAGCACGGCUACGCCUCAGUGCUGCCCUUCGACGGCGACUUUGCCAGGAAGAAAACAAAGGCGGCCGGCCUGGUGCGCAAGGCCCCGAACAACAGCUCCACGAAGGUGACGUUAUUUUUAGUCUUCAUUUACCGCCGAGGAAACCGAGGCACAGAGAGAUUCAGUUACUUGGCUGAAGCCACUCAUCCAUCUCUGAUGAUUCCUGUCCUGAGGUCUUCACACAACGAGCUAGAAAAGCACAGACGAGCCAAACUCAGGCUCUACCUGGAGCAGCUCAAGCAGCUGGUGCCCCUGGGCCCCGACAGCACCCGCCACACCACGCUGAGCCUCCUGAAGCGUGCCAAGGUGCACAUCAAGAAACUGGAGGAGCAGGACCGCCGGGCACUGAGCAUCAAGGAGCAGCUGCAGCGGGAGCAUCGCUUCCUGAAGCGGCGCCUGGAGCAGCUGUCAGUGCAGAGCGUGGAGCGCGUGCGCACAGAUAGCACAGGCUCUGCUGUCUCCACGGAUGACUCGGAGCAAGAAGUGGACAUAGAGGGCAUGGAGUUUGGUCCCGGUGAGCUGGACAGUGUUGGCAGCAGCAGUGACGUGGACGACCACUACAGCCUGCAGAGUGGUGGCAGCAGCGACGGUGGUUAUGGGCCCCAUUGCCGGCGGCCUGGCUGCCCUGGCCUCUUGUAGGCCCUGUGCCCUCUGCUCCUGGCCUGCCCAUCUGCCCGGCCAAGCGUGUCAGCCCUCCAGGCCUCCCUCGACUGACGUCAGCCUUGCCACAGGCCCACUGCUGUACCAUUCUGGAAGCUCCAGCUGCCGCCUGGGCUGCCCGCCUCUGCCCACUUACUGGUCAGGGCCCGCUGAGCCACCCACCCCUCCCAGCUGGGCAGGGCCCUCUGCAGGGAGGCAGGGCCUAGUUCCUGUGUCCCGGAGCCCAGCGUAGCCACCCAUGGUCUGUUCUCAGAUUCCUAAGCAUUCCAGAAGUAUUAAAUGUCAUUGCUGCAAACCUC